CCGUGCCGCACCUGCCCCCGGCGCCGCUGCCCCGGCUGGGCUCGGAGCCGGCGGGGCAGGUGUGCGGCCGGGCUCGGGCUUUGUCCCGCCGGUGCCGCCCGCGGAGGGGAGGGCAGGGGAGGCUGGGGGCCGCCGUGUGGCCCGGCCGGGGCGUUGCUCACCUGGGGCGGGAUCCCCGCGGCCUCCCCGUGUCCCCCGCCCGGGCGCGGCGGGGGCUGUGCUGGGGUUUAACCCGGCAGUGCCGCUGCGUGCCUCCUUUCGGGGCAUGAGGCUGCCCCGGUUGUUUUCCUGGGGGAAAGCUGCCCUGGGUACAACAGGCACGGCUCCCGUCGCCCCAGUGUUGUAACCUGCCCUCCUCGUGUCGCUGCUGGUUAAUGAUGUUAGUAAUUGGGUGUGUGUGGUAAGGGGGUCUUUGCGCAUUGCCCGUGCCGCUGGUGCACAUCACCCGCUGGGUUCCAGCUUUCGGGAUCAGCGCGGAGUUUCCACGGGGAAACGCUGCCGGGGUGCGAAGCGAGCAGCCCCAGCGGUGCCGGGCAGCAGAUCAGCAGGGGAGGCCUCGGCCACCAGGCUUGGCUUUGAGGCCCCGCUCUGUUCCCACGUGUGUUGCAGGAUGUUCUUCCAAGAGCACCUUUCAUUGAUGUAAAUCAGAAUGGCGUGCCAGGUGACCCACUCAGCAUGUUGGCAUGGACUCUCACCCUGCUGCCCUCAGCUGAUGUGUUCUCAGUGUUCCCGCAGGAGUGCUUCAUGGCCGCUGUGAACUCUCAUGUUCUGGGGCUUGCUGAACUUUUGCUUCCAGAUGCACCCGCUUGUCCUCUCUGCCUCAGUGGUUUCUGCUACAGAAGUGUGAAUGUGUGUUGAUGGGAACCAAGGUGCUCAGUAAUCUGUGGUGGCAGAUCUGCUUAGGAGCUGCUGAGCAGAACUGUACUGCUGCUUUACAUUUUUUGACCACUUUUCCUUACCUUGCAUUGGUGCCAGCUUGUGAUUGCAGCCAUUGGCUGCAAUUGACUCUUGUAAACCUUUGCUUCCUUCUCUUGUCUGUUUCAGUUUGAGUACCUUGCAGUGUUUUGUCAUUUGAUCUCUGUUUGUUGUUGUACUAAACCUAGGUUUAAAAAUCUCUUCAGAAUAAGAGCUAAAACUAAAUUGAAUUAAAAGUACACCAGCAUUUUGGACGACCUCAGAGGAGGCCUGGAUUGUCCUUGGGUACAGCCUUGCAGGAUCUGCCUGCCAUGUCCUGUGCAGUUUUUCUUCUCAAGCUGGGUGUGAAAUCUUGGGAUUUAGUGAUCUCUAAUGUUCUCUUAAGUCAUGCUCUUACUUGGUGUCUAGUAUGAUUAAUAAUAAUACUAAAAAAAGUGGACCUGAUCCUCAAUUACAUGUAGUUAAAUUUAUGCAUUUAUCAUCUUGGGACCCAGCUGUGGACCCUCAGCUAGGUCUUGUCAUCCCCUAUGUUACCAGAGCUCCCAUCAACAUGCUGCAAGACAUAGGUCAGAUCUGCAGAUUUUGGUGUGGCUCAUAAUUUUAGGUGGGUACUCUGCAGCUCAUAGUGUCACUAGUGAAAAUUUAGAAGACAACAUUUGCAAUUUUGACUUAAUUGUACCUGUGAAUGUGAAGGCUGAGGCAAGGAAGUCUCUGUUUACUGAGACUCUCAGGCUUCUUCACUAGUGCUGAUCAGCGCCUGGUGGAGUUCUGAACAGUAAGGGCAUGUGCCUGACCUGCAUACAGGUGGGGAGAAAGGUCCUUAAGGAAUAUUUUUCCUUAGAGGACUAGGAUGUAAGCCAGGUGCUCACCGAUGGUGUGAUUUGUAAAUCAUCCUCUCAUUUGAAAUUACUAAAUUUCACUGUAGCUGUUUACAUCAGGUAGGGUGGGAUAACUCAAGUUUGAAAAGUCAUUAUGUUUCUAUAGCCUGUAAGCAAUAAGGAUGCAGAAUAAAGCCUUGCUUGGAGGCAGUGCUUCAAGUGCAAUAAUCUUGUUGCCCGUUCCAGUGCUGUUCACACGGUCUUGCCCUCUAAAAAUGAGGGUGUUCUCUAACAGGGCAGAGUUUUGCUCUUUGUGUAGGGUUCUUUGCAUAGGCUCAGGCAGGUGUUAGAGGUGGCCGGUGUUGUGUGAGGUGUGGCAUGUGCUCGGGUACAGGGACAUGGCCUGGCCUUACCUGGGGAGGCAUGUGGCUGCUGUAGGAAGGUGACAGCAGCUGGCAGGACUGUCAGGCAUGUGGCAUGAUCUGGGCUUCAUGUGUUGCCAGUAGGAACUACUGCCCCUUCUCUGCAGUCUCCAGCCAGCCCCUGAGUGGAAAGGCUGGGGUGGAAGUGGCUCUUGGCCGGGUCUGGCCUCUGUGUUGCCUCUCAGAUGACUGUGGGGUCGGGGAGGGGACAGUGCUGCACACUGACACCAUUGUGGGCCCAGCCACACGCGGGGACUGGGAAGCGGCCGGAGCUGUGGAAUGGCUGUGUCAUGGCAGCUCCUCAGUGGUGUGAUGGGCACAUGAUCUUUCUGUGGUGCCUUUUACUCAAGGAUAAGUAUCUUGCUUAUUUUUCAGGAAUUACAACAUAGUGGUCAAGGUUGGAGUUGUUAAAAAACAAACCUUGCUCUCAGUUUCUUGUUGAGAGUGAUCACAUCAGUGAUAUGAUAAAUAACAUCUACAAGUAAGAGAGCAACAGAUAGUGGUUUUGGGCUUGUUUUGGUGUUUAGAAUUAUAAGUACCUUUUAUGUGGGUGUAAUAGCUUGUUUUUACAUCUUAUUCCAUGCACAGAACUACUGAUAAUGUGUGAGUUGAUUGUAUAGGAUUAUGACUUAAUUAGUGGUCUGAAUUUUCAAGUGAUGAGUUUAAAUGAAGAACCACCUUAUCUCAAAUGUGGGCUUGCUGUGUGUGUAUGUUGCAUGUAAGAUAAUUUCUGCUAUAUAUUGGUCAUUAUUAAUCAUCCUUGUUGAGUUUUGUCCUGCAUAGUACACUAAAUUUAAAUUUUAUUUUGUGAAAUUAUUCUGAGUAAUCUUCAGCACAUGCAAGAAGUUAAUAGUAAUUUGCAUUUAACUUUGUGACUGAUCUACAUACAGCUCAUUUAGAGGCUUACAGAAGAAUAAAGAUAGAGAAAUGUGAGGCUCCCUUGCUGCUUCUGUAUAUGCACUUUUGGGGUAAACCCUUUAAUGGCCACUAUUAAAAACACAGAUAUGAGCAUUGCUGAUCUGGAGACCUGAGCAGGCCUGACCUUGGGCAGCACAGACCAGAAGGGGAAGCUGUAGCUGUGAACACUUUGCUUGUGGCUGAGGAGCAUAGAAAUAAACUUUUCAUCUGCCAGGCCAGGUUAUUUUUGUGUGAUGACUGCUUUCAUUUUUGUUUACAACAGCAACACAGGUUAAUUUCCUGAGCUUCUUUAUGUUCCUUACAAAGCCCCACAACACAAACACCUUCUGCAGGGCUCAAUGGAGGCUUUGUCUUCAGCGUGGCAUGGAUGUGCUUCCUUAGAGGCAUAGGCUGGCUGCACAUUGCAGCACUCUCACAUGGUUUCCAAUACUUUGAGUCUCCAGCCAGCAACUCACAAAAUAUCUUCUUCUACAUAUUUGAGAUCAGAAUUGAGGCUCACAGUGGAAAUGUUGUCUGUGCAAACAGCCACGCUAUUAUUAGUACUUCCUCAAUUAUGGGAGCUACAUGCAAGUCUUUGUUGAGAAUUUUCAUGGCAUGUAAUUUUUUUUAUGGUUGGAGUUUCUAAAUAUGAGCGAAAUUGCUGCUGUUUAAAAAUCUUUGGUUGUUCAUUGUGCAGGGCAUAAUCUAUAUAAUUUUAAUUUAUGCAUUUCCUUCUUUCUACUAGGGUUACAAUGUGUCAUAGAGGGGGCAUUUUGACAGUGCUGGAGAGUGGUUGGAUGUUUGUAGGUGCAAAGACUACCUAUGACAUUUACUUGUCUGCUUGAAAGAUUCUCAGUAUGAGCAGAGGUGAGAGACACUAACUAAACCAGCUGGUGGCUGCACAUCUGGUUGUUAGCCUGAUGCUUUUAGUUUGACUCCAAAAUUUGAAUGCAAAUAGUACCUUGAACAUCAUGAAAAGUUGCUGGAAGUGUAGGAGGAGCUAGCUGAGUUUUGUCCAGCAGAGAGGGCCUACUGCUAUGUAGGGAUGGGAGAGUGAAAGAACUUUGCCUUAAAUGGAGCUAUCAGUAGGAAAUUAAUUUUCAGCAGGAGAUGACUGUGCAGGGGAGGGCUUCAACUGGGAGAGGGGGGAAGAAAAUAAAGUGUAGGUAAACAUGUGGUAAUAUGAAGUGUUAGAAAGCAAGGAGUGUGGGGGAAAGAGUGGUCAGGCAUCACAGGAAGAGAAGAACAAAACAGAUGCACUGCUCUGGAAGCCUGCACCAAGGCUCUUCUCUAAGUGCUUUCCAGCUGUUCCCAAAUGUAUCUGCACAUAAACAGGCCUCCUGGGGCUAUUAAUCCAAAAUUCCAGGAGAAAAUCCAAGAUUAAGUGGGAAAAGUAUUUCUGUAAUCCAGCAAAGAAUGGACAUGUAAAUGUGGUCCAGCCAAAGCUGAAUCAAUAAAUUCUUGGCCUCAUUUAGUUAUUUAGUGGCCUUCAUGGGCUUUCAGUGGAAAAGGCAGGGAAAGCUAUGUCCAUGUCUUUCCAUAAAUGUUGUUGGUAUUUGGCAAGUUACUGAAAGCGCUUGUUUUCUUAUCAUCGUCAGGAAAUUGGAAGAACCCCUUGAUACCAGAAACCAAGCAGUCCACCCAUCACUCUUUUCCUUCUGUGUUCUCUGUAAAGAUACCACAGGCCAUUUAGGAAAGCUUUUUUCUCCACUUGUAGAAAUGUAAUAGGAGGAAAGGUAACUGUGCUUUUAACUGUGUCUCUGAAUUGAAGAAAUUGCAUCUACAAAGAAAAAGAAGUGGCAGCUCUAAAAGGAGGAAGGAGGAUGUUGGUGUCUGCUGUGGUGCCAGAUCCAUGGGAUCUGUGCCUGACCUUGGCUUUACAUGGUGCUCCAAACCCAUCUGGUAUGAGUGGGGAAGAAGGCCAAGGCUGUGUCUGACAGUUUUGGGGAGGAGAAGGGACCCCUGUUAGGAUCACCUUCAGGCUCUCCUAGCCAGUGCCUGGAAGUCUUUUUCUUUCGGUGCUGCCCAUCUUCUUGUUUCCUGUUCUUCUUGUACCUCCCGUUUGUUUGGUACACUUCUGAUUUUUCUCAUUCUUCUGUGCAGUUUUAGCCGAACUGAACAAGUAAAAGAAAUACCUAGUGUGUCAUUGGAAAGUUCUUAUUGCAUGCAAAGGUUUUGUUAUGUUCUGUAUGUGGGCUUCUGCUUUAGGGUUGAGAAUGUGGGUAUUUUCUUUAAGUGUUGGGUUGUGUGUUUUGUUUAUUGGAAGGGCCUCAUGGUUUUUUGGUUGAUUGGUUUGGCUUUGUGGUGUGCAGGAGAAUGAUGUCCACAUACUGUAGUACUGGUUUUUUUGUUUUGUGCACCAAAUGAGCCAGGGCUUGAAUAUAAAGAAUAAUUUGUGUGAACUUCAGCCCCAUUUUCCUCACUGAACGUAAGAAAUCUUUGCUUCUGAAACUGUAAAAUCACCAAGGAAAGACUUGAACAUCAGGUGCAGAGCUUUAUUGCAAAUUACAGCCUGUCUCUUGUGUCCUGGUAAGCAGAUGAAGUUUCUUAGCACUUCUGAGCCCCUAAGUGCUGGAGCCCUCUCUCCCAUCAUAGCCCAGGUGAGUGGCUGGGAGCUUUCCCUUGUUAGGCUGUUUGAUUUGUAUCUACAGCACAGCUGGCUCUGUGAUUAGCUGCAUUCUCAGAGUCAUUCCUUACUUCCUUUUGCCACUAUUUUGGUAGGGUUGUUUUGGGGGUUUUUUUUGUGUCUGCCAGCUUGCAAGCAGUUGGGCUGAACCUAGCCUGCAUGGGAAUGCUCCCCAAAGAGGGUUAUUUGUGCAGACCAGCUUUGUGGAAAAGGUAGCCUGUCCUUGGUCAUUCAGGGAUGUAGAUUGGUAUGGCUUUAAAUGCAUAUUUCAAAGCUUCUGCUAAUUCAGCAGGAUUUUUUUUUUUUUAAUGGAGUGUGUCAAAAUGAAUCAUUCAUGGAUGUCUUGGCAGGUGGGUGGUAAGACAGAGAGCUCUGCAUGCCUUAAGAGGACUCCUGGUCCAGUUCAUGAUGUUACACAUCUUGCUCUGCUUGCUGAUGGUUUGUCUCUGCAGUGGUGGAUGGCUCUGGAGGGUGUUUUUGCACAGGAAUGCUGGUGGCUUUUGUUUCUGCAUUCCCCAUUGUCGUGGAGUUUAGGUAGAGCUUUCUGUCAUUAUUUCCUCUUGUGCACUUGGAUUCUAGUAAACUGGAGCACUUUUAAUAAGCUUCCUUGUUUAUUUUAUUAUAUACACACAUGAGCUCCAAGUCUUUUCUACAUACCUCAUUUUGAGUCCUCGCUUCCAAAUUCUAUUUUCUACCAGCUCUGUUGCUCAAAGUAAGGAGAGAGCCAUGCAGAGGAUCCCAGCCAGAGGAUUGGUUUGUAAGUGCCACAUUGACUCAUGAGACAGGAGGAUGCUGCGAAGAAUGGGGCAGCAGAGCUUAGCUUUGUGGCAGGCCAGCCUAUAUAAGCAGCAAAGCAUGGGACCAUCCAUGGUAUUACAGACUGGAAAAGCUUCCUGCUGCCUCCCUGCAGUAGUUGUUGUGCCUGCAGAAUCAACAAUCCCCCUAGAUAAGUAGCUUCUUUCUGCUGCCUUUCCUUCCCAGGGUUUCCUCCCAGGGUUUGCCCAAAGUAGCUCAGACAACUGAUUCCCAAACUUAAAACUUUCAAGUCCCCUUGGAACUUUAAACUUAGUUUUCCUGAAGGUCUCAUGAUACAGAAGGGGGAAAUGGUGAGACUCCAUUUUUUUAACUUCAUCUCUCUGCAUCAGCUUAAGGACAGGUGAAUUGUUAGUUACUGUCUGAAUUUAUAGUAAGAGAGGUCCCAUCGUUGUCUUUAUUUGUCAAAACCUGCUCUGCUGCUUGACUUUGUGCAAGGUAGCCUCUGUGCUUUGAAGUGGAAAGAGCAGGGUGGAUGUUGGAGUAGAAAUGGAUGAGGCAUCCACCACCAGGGACAUCUGAAUUGGAAAGGCAACCAGCUUUGUGUGCUAGCAGGGAUUUGGGGUAAAUGAGCUCUCUAAGACCAAGAUGUGGUUUUGGCUGACAAGGAGAAGGGCUUCCACUGUUUCCCUCUGGGCUGCAGGUGAAAGAAAUGCACAUUAGUAGAAAGUAGCAGUGUGGGGCCAUCAAAAGAGAUGGAUUUAGCCUUGCUGGUGGUUUUAGUAUAAUAUGAGAUGUGCCACGGUUUCACUAUACUUUUUAAGCAAUAGAUGUGACUUUUUAUGAAACACAAUGUGAGGAAAAGAAUGAGUGCCUGUGGCUGGCAGAAAAUUUGUAUAUGUAAAAUUGUAUUGUGUUAUCAAGGGAGUUUAGGGUUUUCUUCCUUUUGUGGUCAUGAUCUUUGACUCUGUAGGAAUUUUGCAUUUAUAUAAAUACUUAUAAAUCAAGAGGGAAAUAAAAUGAACAACAGUAAAUUGGAUGACCAAAUUCUGUUUUCUUUAUUUGCUUUUCUCUAGUGAAGGCAGAUAGGGGAAUUCUAACAUCUUCUUGACACUGCGUGUUUAUAAUUGCCCAUUUAUAAUCAAGUUUGGAAUUGAGUCCAUGACUUUCCUGAUACAUAAAUUAAACUUUCUAAAUUCUGAUAUUCUUUCCAUCUGCUUGCAGGGUCAGCUGCUUCUUCUAAUACUUGGCCUGAAGUUCAGUACCAUUGAAAAUGUCCUUUUUGUGUGAUUUUUUUUUUUUUUUGCUAAGUAGGCUGUGCCUGGUUAACUGAGGCCUUUGAUGGUUUCACCUUCUGUGGAUUUAUACUUUUCUAUUUUAUAGAGGGGAAAUAUAGGAAUUGUAACCACAGUUUCCUUCCCACAGUCGUUGUAAGCUUGUAUCUUCAACAAAAAAAAAGAAGCAGCUCUUAGGGGAAGUUUGUUAUCUUUGAUUCAGUUUGCAUAACUCUCAGGGUAAUUCACCUCUAAUUCUGUGCAGCUGGGCACUAGGGAGGGAGAAAUGAGCAGCCCAACUUUGAGGUCAGGAUCUGGCAUUUUUAGCUGGCACACUGAGGAUGUCACAGACACAGGCCUGAUGUUCUCAGAGUUUCUCAUAGAUUUGGUAUCAGACAGCUGAGGAAAGGAGACUGACAUACUCUUACAUCAGGGAAAGGAAUAGCAUUAAUAUUUGCAGGAUAAAAGUUGUUUGUUGGUAUUUUUUAAAAAUUCAGUAUCUCUGCGGUUCAAAAUCCUAUUUCUGAGAUGAAAGGAAAAAACAAAAAAUUUUUGUCGAAGUUUGUUCUGCAUUUAUUUUUAAAUGAGUGAUAGACUAGCUAAUUAUUCUAAAUAACUUUGUACUAGUUUUAAGACUUCUUAGAACCAACUAAAAACCCCCGUGUUUUAUUAGUACUAUUAAGUUAUUCAACUGAGUGAUAAAUUAAAUGCAUUGCCACAUCCAUUUAAAAAUAAUUGGAGCUACCCCAGAGUACAUGCUAAGCACUGGUAGAUAUUGGUAUUGUGAAUGUGCUAAAUGAAAUCCAAUUUUAAGAAAAUAAUUAUGGGAAAGGACAAGGCUGUAAGAUCUGGAAGUGGAUCAGUUGGGCCUUUGUUCUGUAAUCUCCAUAACAAUGCAGGUAAUUGUAUGUAUAUGACAAAUCUCAACAAUACACUCCUUUCUCCCUAUUAAAAGAGAGAAAACUUGCCUUUGUCUGUAACUUAUUAAGGACUUACAUUUGGACAUGUUAAAAUUUCAGUGAGAUGGGGGGGAAAAAAAUCUAGCCAGUUAACAGAAGCAAAAGGAAAAAAAAAAAGUUGUGUUGAAUUCAUUUGGAGACAGGCCUUUUUUCCAGCUGAACAGUUACAGAUGAAAUGUUGUUGCAAAGUGUUUAGAUGUUUCUUCAGAAGACAUGACUUUAAUGGCCAAGUCCUCCAGCACCAUGUUAGUGCAUUUUUAUCUUCUUGUCUUUCUCUCCAAUGAUUUCUCAUUAUUGCUGAAGGGUAGUUGAUCUAAAAUAUAAAUGUCUUAAUGUAUUUGUAUGUGGAUUUAAGGCUACAUAAUGAAAGUGUAAUUGCUUCUGAGCUUUUAUUGUGUGUGCUCAAUUCCUCUGUGACAUUCUUGUUUCUGAUGUCUGCUGUGCACUCGUAGUAAAAUAGCCACAUUAAAGAAGCUAACAAUCAGCUCUCUAUAUUCAUGAAUUUGAAGGCCUAAAAUUCUUGGGAAAAAAGAGGUGCAUCUUUAAUUAACUUUAUAAUGUGCUUUAAAAAAACCACCGAACACCCAAACUAAAAAAGUCUUCCAACAAGCUAUUAUAUGCUUUUGAUGAUUAAAAGAUAUAAUUAGUUUAUUGUGCUCUGAAUUAAGCUAAUGUUCUCUUUCUUUCUUGUCUGCAAUAUUUUGGGGAGUCCUGCUGCUGAGAGUGCAUGUGCUGAGCUUCAGCCAGCAGCAAAUAUUUGCAGGUGGAUGCAAUAUCUGGAGCAGCCUUAGGCGAUACUCAUUUCCCAGUCCUACAAGACAGAUCUACGGUCAGAUGUACAGUUGCUUGCACUGAGGAUUGCAGCUCAAAAAAUGCAACUGCAGAACCAGCAACCAGUAAUAAUGAUGAUUUAUCAGUAAACUCUGCAAGUGGGAACAGAACCUCUGCAGGUGGAAGAAUGGUCGGGGCUGCAUCACUAGCUGAUGAGACAAGAGGAUCCAGCGUGAUUUAUAACCUCACAGCAGAAUCCAUUGGUGUGACUAAUGUCACCUUAAAAUGGGUGGUGAAUGACAGUGCUUCUGACACCUACACGUACAGGAUAGAGGUUGUAAAUGGUACAAGUGAUACACCUGAGAAGAUUGAGACAUCCAAUGAAACCAGAGCAGAAAUUACUGAAUUAAACCCUGGGACACCAUACAACUUCACAGUAUUUGCUGUAGCAGCUGAUAAUGAGAUAGAAGGAGAGACCAUACCCCUGUAUACAAGGCCCAGCCCAGUUCUUGAUCUCAAGGCAGAAUCCAUUGGUGCAACUUCUGUCACCUUAAAGUGGGUGGUGAAUGACAGCGCUUCUGACACCUACACGUACAGGAUAGAGGUUGUAAAUGGUACAAAUAGUACUGUGGAGAACCUGACAUCCAAUGAAACCAGAGCAGAAAUUACUGGGUUAAUCCCUGGGACACCAUACAGCUUCACAGUAUUUGCUGUUGCAGCUGAUAAUGUGACAGAAGGAGAUGGAAGUCCCAUACCCCUGUAUACAAGGCCCAGCCCAGUUCUUGAUCUUGAGGCAGAAUCCAUUGAUGUGACUAAUGUCACCUUAAAAUGGGUGGUGAAUGACAGUGCUUCUGACACCUACACAUACAGGAUAGAGUUUGUAAAUGGUACAAACAGUACUGUGAACCUGACAUCCAAUGAAACCAGAGCAGAAAUUACUGAGUUAAACCCUGGGACGCUGUACAACUUCACAGUAUUUGCUGUAGCAGCUGAUAAUAAGACAGAAGGAGAAGGAAUUCCCAUACCCCUGUAUACAAGGCCCAGCCCAGUUCUUGAUCUCAAGGCAGAAUCCAUUGAUGUGACUAAUGUCACCUUAAUAUGGGUGGUGAAUGACAGCGCUUCUGACACCUACACGUACAGGAUAGAGGUUGUAAAUGGUAUAAAUGGUACUGUGGAGAACCUGACAUCCAAUGAAACCAGAGCAGAAAUUACUAAGUUAAUACCUGGGAUGCUGUACAACUUCACAGUAUUUGCUGUAGCAGCUGAUAAUGUGACAGAAGGAGAAGGAAUUCCCAUACCCCUGUAUACAAGGCCCAGCCCAGUUCUUGAUCUCAAGGCAGAAUCCAUUGGUGCAAUUUCUGUCACCUUAAAAUGGAUGGUGAAUGACAGCGCUUCUGACACCUACACGUACAGGAUAGAGGUUGUAAAUGGUACAAGUGAUACACCUGAGAAGAGUGUGAAAUUCAAUGAAACCAGAGCAGAAAUUACUGGGUUAAUCCCUGGGACGCUGUACAACUUCACAGUAUGUGCUGUAGCAGCUGAUAAUAAGACAGAAGGAGAAGGAGUGUCCAUACCCCUGUAUACUAGGCCCAGCCCAGUUCUUGCUGUUGAGGCAGAAUCCAUUGGUGUGACUAAUGUCACCUUAAAAUGGGUGGUGAAUGACAGUGCUUCUGACACCUACACGUACAGGAUAGAGGUUGUAAAUAGUACAAACAGUACUGUGGAGAACCUGACAUCCAAUGAAACCAGAGCAGAAAUUACUGAGUUAAUCCCUGGGACACCAUACAGCUUCACAGUAUUUGCUGUAGCAGCUGAUAAGAAGACAGAAGGAGAAGGAGUGUUCAUAUUCCUGUAUACAAGGCCCAGCCCAGUUCUUGAUCUCAAGGCAGAAUCCAUCGGUGCGACUAAUGUCACCUUAAAAUGGGUGGUGAAUGACAGCGCUUCUGAUACCUACACGUACAGGAUAGAGGUUGUAAAUGGUACAUUUGUGAAGAACCUGACAUCCCGUGAAACCAGAGCAGAAAUUACUGAGUUAAUCCCUGGGACACCGUACAGCUUCACAGUGUUUGCUGUAGCAGCUGAUAAUGUGACAGAAGGAGAAGGAGUGUCCAUAUUCCUGUAUACAUUGACUGUCUCAGUGGAUUCACUUCAGUGUGAGCCAGUGGCCAAGCAGCCUUUCCUAAUGCUGAAGUGGAAAUGUCCUUUUGGUAACAACUCUGGCUUCAGAAUCAAAAUAUAUAAUAUAAGUACUUCUGAGGUAGUAAAAGAAGACUCAGCUCCACCCUGCACAGUUGAAGGCUUUGAGCAAACCUUAAAAAUACUACAUUUAAAUUUUUUCAGCACUUAUAAUGUUACUAUCAUAACACUUUCAAAUGGCUCUGAAAGCUCUCCAGUGGACAAGUUGUGUCACACCGGCAUUACUGACCCACCUCCUCCAACUGAAGUUCCUUCAGUCAAGGUCAUCAGUCACAGCUCGUUGUCUGUUGAAUUCUCUGAUUUUGAUUCACUGAACGGUCCAUUGGAAGCCUAUGCAAUAAUGAUUACAACAGAAGAUCAAAGUUCUGAGUCUUUGAAGUCUAAAUUGAACAAUACAUACAGAGAUUUCAAAAAGAAGAUGACAACUGCCUAUGUUACGUAUGUCAUAAAAACAGAGCAGUCAGAAUCGCAUUCUUCCCAUUCUCAGAGUGAUAAAAACAUCAUUAAUGUAGGCAAGGGAAACACAGUGUAUGGCUAUGAAAAUGGACCGUUGAUCCCUCUUCGUUCAUACAGGGCAUGUGUUGCAGGUUUCACUAAUAUAACCUUUACGGACAACGUGAUUGAGGGGGAAGAUAGUUAUGUAUCAUUUUCACCCUGUUCUGAACCAGUCUUACUGCCCCAGGAUCCAGGUGUUAUUGCUGGAGUGGUUAUUGGAUGCCUCUUGGCUAUCUUGGCUGUAGUUGCUGUAGGGGGAUUCAUAUUCUGGAGAAGGAGAAGGAAAGAUAAAAGAAAUACUGAAGUGUCUUUUUCUCCGAUUAAAUCAAAAAUGAUUAAAGUGGAGAACUUUGAAUCAUACUUUAAGAAGCAGCAAGCUGACUCCAACUGUGGUUUUGCUGAAGAGUAUGAGGAACUCAAGUCUGCUGGUGUUCAUCAGCCCAAAUUUGCUGCUGAACUUCCUGAGAACAGGGGGAAAAAUAGAUACAACAAUGUCUUACCAUAUGAUAUUUCCCGUGUUAAACUUUCAAAUCAAAGCUCUGGAACUGACUAUAUUAAUGCAAACUAUAUGCCUGGCUAUAAUUCAAAGAAGGCAUUUAUUGCUGCACAGGGUCCGUUACCCAAUACUAUAGAAGACUUCUGGCAAAUGAUUUGGGAAAAAAGUAUCUACUCUAUUGUUAUGUUGACAAAAUGUGUGGAACAAGCCCGGACAAAAUGUGAGCAGUACUGGCCAGACAAACAACCUAAGAGCUAUGGUGACAUUAUUGUGACAAUGGUCUCAGAAGUUGUCCUUCCAGAAUGGACAAUAAGGGACUUCACUGUGGAAAAGUCCAACACCCCCGAGAGCCACACAGUGCGCCAGUUCCAUUUCACCUCCUGGCCGGAUCACGGCGUGCCGGAGACAACAGACCUUCUCAUCAACUUCAGGCACCUUGUCCAUGAGUACAACAGCCAGAAUCCAGUGGACUCUCCUACUCUGGUGCACUGCAGCGCUGGCGUCGGGAGGACGGGGACGUUCAUCGCCAUCGACCGCCUGAUCCAGCAGAUGGAGAUGGAGAACACCGUGGACGUGUACGGAGUGGUGUACGACCUCCGCAUGCACCGACCCCUCAUGGUGCAGACUGAGGACCAGUAUGUCUUCCUAAACCAGUGUGUCAUGGAUAUCAUUAAAUCCCAGAGGGAGAGGAAAACGGACCUUAUCUACCAAAAUGUGACAGCAAUGGCAAUCUAUGAAAACUUCACACCUGGGCCAGCCUUUGGGAAGGCCAAUGGCUACCAUGCAUAGUCCAGAAGGAACCCAGUGCCUCCAUCCAGGAGGUGUUACCUGCCCAUAGGAGAGGGGCGUGUCCGACUCGUGUUUUCUGGGAUUGUGUGCAGUGUCUCAUGUCUGGCUUCUCCAGUUCUGUCUGCAUUCAAAGGUGUGAUCUACAGGAGGAAAAACACAACACUGGCAGGAGCUGCAGACUCAUGUUAAAAAAACCCAAACAACAAAACCCAAGCAAAAGUUCUUAAAGUUAACAGAGGAAUCUUGUUUUUUUCUUGGGAAUUUAACAGUACUGAUAGGUGAAAUAGCAUUUGCAGUAUGAACAGUGAACUAGAGUUUAAAUAUUAAAAUAAUAACACAAGCUUUUUAUUACAAUUUUAUAUGAUUUCAUUUACAGACACCAGGCUGGUGGGUUGUUUUAAUAUAUUUAAUUAUAAGUUUCAGGAACAUAUUUUAUCUACUGUAUCUGGUUACUUAGUUAAUAGAUAUGUGCCUCUGUGAUCUAUUUUUUUUUUCUGUGUUCCUUUUUAUUUAAAAAAGGAGUACAAAUGGCUCCUUCAAAUGGACAUUCAUACUUGGAAAUUGUGCCUUUUCUAGUUGCUACUCUAGAAAAAAAAAAACAGCAGAGAUUCUAUUUUUGUACUGAAACUCUUAAUGAGAGCACAGAUUUUUAAAUAAGGCUUAACUGUAGUUGCACUGUUGGCAGGACUCUCCAGAAGUUUGGAGGUGAGCUUUGUUUUUGCAUUUCAUCACAAAUAUCCCCUGCCUUAAUGUUUUGGUGCCUCUGCCAGAGGAAAAGGAGUGUGGUCUGUCACUCCGAGCUUUAACUGUAGAUAAAAACAGAGCAAGUGAAUCUGUGAAUGUGUGUGCGGGGGGUGUGUGGGCGUGUGGAUGAAGGACAGAAUAGCUCCUCCCUGUUCCUGCCUGAUAUUCCUGUUUUUAUACAAUUUAUAAUGAUUUAUUUAAAGGUGCAAUAUAUGAUUUACUGAAUAAUGCUCACUCUAAUAGAGUUUUUCUCAGGUUGGUGUCUUUUUAUCAUUGUUGUUGUUUUUCCUCAAAUAUAUAAAUCUGUGAAAAUGCUGAAACUAAGGUUCCAAGUGUUCAAGCACUCCCAAACGGAUCAACUGGCUUUACUUUUCUACCAAAAGACAUUGCACAAAAUUCUGCUGUAAAGACAAAUUUCUUGGUUGUUUUAGCCAUUCAAAACUGAGACACAUCUUACCUGCCUGCAUCUCACUGAUCCAGUGUAAUUGUUUUGUAAUUGUUUGCAAUAUACUGCUGCUUUUUUUUUUUUUUUGACUGGUCCUUUUAGAAACUGAAGGAACAAGCAGAAAUCCCCAGUUUGCUGAUUUCACAAGUCAAGGAUCAGAUUGGAUUUAUUUUGCUGGUACAUAACUGUUAGACUUAGGAAGGCAUUACCAAUGAAGGAAUUAGGUAGUUUGGGGUGGGGAGAAGAUGUGAUUUUUGGUCUUUGGAUCGUUGCACUGGUUGCAUUGUAGAUGAAUAUGAAGUUUAUAAAUAAUGCUAUAGAAUAGCUAUAAAGCAGGGAAAAAAAAUCUUAUGAAGGUUUAAUAACCAGAGUCCCUGGAAUUCUGCUGCUUUUUUGUUGUUGUUGUUUUGGGGGUUUUUCUUUGUUUUAGUAGAGUUGUCAGAAAAAGCUACAGAUGCUAGGAGUAUACGUGGCUUUACAGUGGAACCUGGAAACCUCACAGGAUCCAAUGUCAGCUGAAGGAGAACAUAGGAAUUCCUGGUGCACAACUGUAACUUUACAAAUAUCCUGAGGAAUUUUUUACAACCUGGUGUGAAGCUGUGGUGUGCUGUGUGAGCAAAACUGGAGGACAAACCACAGUGCACUUUUGGUUGUUAGGUUUUGUUCUUUGUUUGGUUUGGUUUGGUUUUGGUUUUUUUUUUUUUUUUGUAGCAGCCACUUGUGGGUUCUUGAAUAUAAUUUUGUUCCUCUUUCUCUGGAAAUAUCUUUAAAAACCCUCAUCUUGAGGUUCCUGAUCCUGCCCGGCUCCAUCCAAACUGGCAGCCCACAAAGUGGAUCUCUCAUUUGCAUUCCUCCCAAGCUGCUGUCAGAUAACAAAGAUAAACCACUUGCACCAAACAGAACCAUUCCAAAAUAACUGGGAAGGGAGGAAAGUCUGCCCUUUCCAGUCAAGCUUUUUUUCUUUCUCUCUUAUUCUUUUAAUUACUGCACAUCUGUGCAGAGCACAGAGCCAGUAUUUGUUAUUCCAGGUCUCCCAAGAACUUGCUGCUUUAGGGUGGCAAGUGCUCUUUCGCUUCAGAAGGUCCUUGUUUUGUGUAGCUUAGAGGAUAGGGAGAUGAGUCUUCCAUGGUAGAUCAUGUUGUUUCUAUUCUGUUGCAGCAGAACAUCAGAAAAUGAGCUAGGACAGUAUGUGUUUCUGCCUAACCACUGCCCAGAUCCUCUUACAGAAAACAGAUGGAUCUGUCCCAUUGUUUUGGUGUUGGAAGCAGGCAUCAAAUUCUCAUGUGUGCCGUCAUCUAAUGAGCAUCCAUUUUUAAAGAACUGUAUGCAGGUGUUUUUCCAAAACUGACACAUUGUGAGAAGAGACUGAAAGUUGGCAUAAAUGACCUCUUGAUUCUGUGUAUGGGUGGAAAAAAUUGGUAAGGCUUACGCUGUUGCAGACAUAAAGUUGGGUGUAGUGUCAGUGUGAGUAAGACAUUCUUUAGAAGAUGUCUCUGCAGGAAAAGGACUGCAGGUAAUGCUCCACUACCUUGUGGAUCUCUCUUGCUCAAGAUGACUUGAAUUCCUGCAAAUGUCUUCUCCCUGCCCUCUGAUGUUCUCUGUGUUAUAAUUGCUGAGGUCUGUCUCUUUGGUCAGUGUUUUCUCUCACUGUUGCUUAUUUAAAGCUGUCCACUGAACGCUCCACUGUGGGACAAUUGCAUCUCUUACAUUUCUCUUUAACUCUUUCUUCCCAUUUGGGGCCUGCUUAAGAAGGGAAAAGUUGAUGUGUUUCAAAUAAGUGACUGUUGAAUAUCUUGAAAUGAUGUACAAAUUUUAUUGUUUUCAUAUUUGUUGUACAGGAAAUUUCAGUACAUGUCUGUAAUAUUUUUAAUGGUUUGAUUUGUUCUUAAAAAUAUAAAAAUAACAAUUAAAAAGCAUCAUCCUAUAGCA